CCGCCGCUGCUGGGGCUCCGUGCGGUACGGCUCGGCGCUCACGGAGCUCACUGCUGGACGCUCAACGGCGCCCGCGCCGCUGCAACGAGUAGAGGAGAGAGAUCCCGCCUGCAGGAAGAUGGCAGCAGAGGGACCCUCCAACAAAUGGCAUCUGAUCUGGAAGCACAUAUGAAGCAAAGAUGUGUCAUUCCUCCAUGUGAAAGAAAUGGCACCCACUGACAUUCAUCAACACUUGCUGAAUGUUUAUGGGAGUAAAACUGUGCAUGCGAGAAUGGUAAGGUGGUAGGUGGUGCAUUUUAGCAGUGGAAAGAGGAAUGUGAAACAUGAGUCAUGUUUUGGAUGGCCAUGCACAGGUAUCACACUGUAGAAUGAAGAGCGUCUCAAUAAGUUCACGUGCAUGAAUCAGCAGAUCAUGACCAGGGAACUGUGUAUAAAGCUGAAUAUUGUUUUUGAUGCAUUGGAAACAAUGGUAGCAUUAUUGGAAUAUUGCAGAAUUUGUGCCAAGUGUACCCUAUAAAUGAUCACAGCAGGAUAAACGCAGUAUGCAAGCUUGUCAGGACCUAUUGAACCAAUAUGAGGCUGAAGGUGAAUAUUUUCUGUAUCAUAUCAUUACUGAUGACAAGAUGCAGUGUCUCUAACUGUGUGUUAGAGGCAAAAUGAUAGUACAUGGAGUGGCAAGAUGUGAAUUCUCCAUUGAGGAGAAAGAUCAAGAUGUGGCUGUUGCUGUGCAAAAUGAUGUGCACUGUCUUUUGGAAUAGAGAAGGUGAUCCUUCAGGGUUUCCUGGAACCCAAACAAACCAUCAACGCUGACUGGGACAUCAUGGCUCGGACUAAAAAAAGGCUACAACUUCCAGAGUCAAGUCAGCAAAGACUGCCCUUCUCUUUCAACAGGUCCAGUGCCAAUUUGAAUUCUGUGGAGCACAUUGCCAAUCUUGGCAGGAUUGUCCUACCACGCCUAUUGUAUAGUCUGGAUUUGGCAUUUUCUGACUGAUAUCUUUUUGGGCUGAUGAAAGAUGGACUGCAUGGUGAGUGUCAGUCUGCUAUAUCUGAUCUACAAUGAAUGCCAAAUCUGCAAUCAACAAAGAAAUUUUUGCCCCACAUGAUGAAAGGAUGCUGGGAGCUGUCCAAGUUAAAAGAAGAACGAAAAAAAAGAUUCCUUUCCUUGCUACUGGGGGUCAGGGUGAAUAUUUAACAUACAUCUGCCUGUCAGUGACAAACAAAAAACCAGCUCAAGCAACUAUUACAAAGGUCAAGCAAUUUGAAGGGUCUACAUCGUUUGUUAGGAGAACACAGUGGAUGCUUGAGCAGCUUCGCCAGGUCAACGGUAUUGAUCCUAAUCAGGAUUCGCCAGAAUUUGAUUUAGUAUUUGAAAAUGCUUUUGACCAAUGGGUAGCAAGCACUGCUUCAGAAAAAUGCACAUUCUUUCAGAUUCUUCAUCACACAUGUCAGCGAUAUCUUACAGACAAGAAGCCAGAAUUUAUCAACUGCCAGUCUAAAAUUAUUGGAGGAAACAGCAUACUCCAUUCAGCUGCGGACAGUGUGACAAGUGCAGUACAGAAGGCAAGUCAGGCUUUGAAUGAGCGUGGUGAAAGGCUAGGUCGAGCAGAAGAAAAGACGGAGGAACUGAAAAACAGUGCUCAGCAGUUUGCAGAAACUGCACACAAGCUUGCAAUGAAGCACAAAUGCUGAGAUACUGCCCAAAGUUGAAAUAUUCUCGAAAGAAACUGAAAAGCCUAGGUUGAGCAGUUUUUACAGGAGAUGAAGACUUGUGUGUGUUUUUUUUUCAUUCCAGUUCAGUGGAGAUGCAUUCUUUCAGCUUCCGUGCAGGAAAAGAUGUUGCUUUUCUACCUUUUUGACUUACAUUUUGUUCCUCUUUUGUAAUACUGCAACACAAUCUUGCAGUACUUUGUACCUCUAUUUCUGUUUAUUACAGGAGCUAAAGUGAACAAGGGAGCUGGACCAAAUGACAAAGUUGAUCCGAAUUAAAAUAGUAAUAUUCUUUGCCAGUACUCCUCCCUGGUAUUGCAUAGAAGAGUAUUUUAAUUAAGUGCAGACAUACAUGCAGAAAUAAAAUCCAAAGAAGGGAUACACGUUUCUUGAAUUUAUGUAGCAUCAGCAGAAUAUGAGUGUUGGAAUUAAACACAUGAGGAUUUAACUGUGGUGGAGAAUACUGCCUUGGGAAACAGAAAACUUGUUUAGCCUACCCAGUGUAGAAAGUUUUGCAUGUACCAACACCAGCAUUCUGAAGGGCAUAUCUGAAUUUCACAGGGGAAUCUGUUUCCAGUGCUGCAUUUUGAAUAUUUCUAUUUUAACUUCCAGAUGGAUUGUUUGAAGAGAAAAAUGAAAGAAACAUACAGUGAAUGUAUGUGUGAUGUUUCAAAACUGAGGAAAAAGAAAAUGAUAAAUCUAUAUAUAUAGCUGUGCCUCAGAAAUAAACCAGUGUCUAGCAAUCUGGUGUAAAGUAACAUCUCAUAUUAUUUUUUAGCAGAAGCUUCAGUCUUCAUCUUCUGGAGAUGCAUGCACUUUAAAAGCAAUGCACUUCAGAAACAUUUGUCCUCAUCUUACUGGAGAGCCAGAGAACUGGCAUUAAAUGAAUGCACUUUGGUUUUCACUUUCAGUGUAGAAUAAGAUAUUUCCAUUGUUAAUGACACUUUAAACAAUCUGAAGCCCUCCAAGCAGUGCUAGACAAAAGAUAAAAUCUUCUGUCACAAUUAAGAUACUUCAAUUACCACAAGCUGAUGUAACUGAAGUUCUGGCUUGGAAAUACUCAUGUUGUAAAAAGAUGUUUGUCUUUAGAAAAACUUUAAGACAUUACAUUCUUAUGGCUACAUUCAAAAUGUGCAUCUAUUUUUUAAAUAAUUAAGCUGUUUUAAUGAUGCUUAUCAUUUAACCCAACACUGAAAACUGACAGAAGGUGUAUUUUUUGUCAUCUAUGUAGUACCAUACAAUCAUUUAUACAGAUUUAGCAUCAUUAAAUUGAUAAGAAUUUUCUAAAUUCAGAUAGAAAUAUAAUAGAUUUUCAGACUUUUACAUGAAUUUCUGCUGAAGAGGUGAAGGUCACAGUUGCACUGCUAAGUUCCAGAUCUUUUGUGAGUUCAACUGCUCUAAAACACUGCUUUAAUCCCAAUGGCAGUUCUUCAGGAUUUUUUUGUAUAUCCUCCAGUUAAUAGUAUUGUGUUAUGUAUCAUAACUCAGGACUUUUAUUCAGCCAUAAAAAGCCAUUUACUAUCAAAAUUCUGAGUAACUUAGUGUUACUAAAUGAAGGAAAAGGGGGUUAUUUAUGUAUUCACCUUCUUCUUGCUGUUCAUUUAACUACUAAAUUUGGUAGUUUGUAGAAAAAGAAAAAGAAAAAAAAAAAAAAAAGAGGUGUAUAAAUGUCCAUACAGAGAUAAAUCUUAUAGCAUUGCAAUUUCCUCCUGGAAAUCAGUUUGUAGCAUAUACAACAUAGUAUUAUUAGAUAGUGAUGUACAUAACGUAUACUAUAAUUCAGGUUAGUGUUUCACAUGAAAGAAUGUAUUUGUAAAUUGUAACAACAUCAAUAGUUUAUCUUUUUAAAGUUCUGCAAGGAAAAAAAUAAUGCAUUGUUAGACUUGAAACUACUGUGCUGCAAAUUCUGUCUUAAAAGGCUAUUUUUGAGUCAAGAGUAGUUGUGCAUUAUGUGAAAUAUUAACAAAAAAUUGUUCCUAAAUUGUUGGUAGGUUUUGCUAUGAUUUACCAAAAUUGUAAUAGUUGCUGGUAUCUAUGUAACCAAUUCCUCAAAAGUUCUCAGAGAUGUAGAAAUUUUGUGCCAUUCUGGGAAAACAAAAAGUGGGACCUGCUCUCUUGUGUGAUUACUGGAAAUCCUAUUUUUUUUUUUUUUUAAUUUUUUGUCAUUAAAUACUUCAAAUGUGGUCAAAACAAAA